AUGACGGUCAUGGAACAAGAACAGCAACAACAGUCGGAUGACUUCUCAAACGUCACUUGGAGCGAACAUGUCCACGAGCAGACUUCUCGCUCUGUUCCCGAGGCGGAGGAGCCCGGUCAUGAUCUGAAUGCGCCUGGUACGGGCUUGGAAAGAGAUGCUCCGUCCUUGGGAAACGAGAGGUUGGACUGUACUGUCGAUACGCCCAUCAAGGAAAAUGAUGGCACCAAGGAUGCGUUUGUCUCAUAUCUCAUCACUACACACUCUACAUUCUCUUCUUUCGCGCGCUCAACUACCACCGUCCGCCGUCGCUUUACAGACUUCGUUUUCCUCUACAAACAGCUCACCCGCGAGUAUCCCGCCGCCGCCGUCCCUCCUCUGCCCGACAAGCAGCGCAUGGAGUAUGUCCGCGGCGACCGCUUCGGCUCUGACUUUACCGUCCGCCGCGCGCACUCUCUGCACCGCUUCCUGAUCCGUCUAUCACUCCACCCCACGCUGCGCCGCGCUCCGAUCCUGCACACCUUCCUCGAGAGCCCCGACUGGAACGCCACUAUGCGCAGCCGGGGUGCGCGCGGAAGCUCCGCCAGCGACCCCGGAUCUGCGGGGGUAUUUGACAACUUUGCGGAUACGUUUAUCAAUGCUUUUACGAAGCUGCAUCGUCCGGAUCGUCGCUUUCUUGAGGUCAAGGAAAAGAGCGAUAAGCUUGAUGAUGAUCUUGGUCACAUUGAGAAGGUUAUUGCUCGUGUUGCUCGACGUGAAACGGAUCUGGAAGUGGACCUGCACGAUCUUGCAGAGCAGUUCCAAAAACUCAUUCCUCUUGAGCCCCAUGUCGAGUCCGCUGUUCAUGGGUUCUCUGCGUCUAUCGAGGACUCGGCGACUCACCUGCGAAAGCUAAAGGAUGUCACCGACCAAGAUUACCUCGGCUCGCUACGAGACAUGCAAGCAUAUUCUAUCGCUCUCAAGAACCUCCUCAAGGCCCGUGAGCAGAAGCAGCUCGACUACGAACAACUCAUCGAAUAUCUCAACAAGUCCACAACAGAGCGCGACACGUUACAGUCGGGCCACGGCGGCGGCUCCGGCGCAGGAAGCUUCCUCCGCUCCAAGAUCGAAGACGUCCGUGGCGUAGACCACGAGCAAGCCCGUCGCGAGCGCACCCGCAAGCUAGAACUCCGCGUCGAAGAGCUCACACACGAAGUCGAGAGCGCGCGCAAGACGAGCGACAUGUUCGACGACGAGGUGGUCAAAGAAGUGGCUGACUUUGAACGCAUCAAGCGGAUCGAGAUGAAGUCACAGCUGGGCGGCCUCGCGGAUGCGCACAUUGAGUUUUACGGAGAGGUGGCGAGUAUUUGGGAAAAGUACGUGCAGGAGAUGGAGAAGGAGGGCAUUGUGAGCGCUUAA